AUGACGCCCGGCCUGUUCUCCACACGCUCGAUGCGGUCGCUUGUAGCCCUCACGCUGCUCUCUGGCGGCGCCUGCGCUCUCGAUGAAGCCAACGCCAAAAACUUGUCACGGUCGCUACGUGUGUUCGUCACCGGGGGUCAAGUGGUCUGGGACUACCGACUCCACUUUAGAGGCACGGAGAGAGUCGACCCAGACUAUCGCCCCAAGUUGCAGCAUCUAAACCGACGAAUCGCCCAGAGACUUUUCCACUUGUGCUUCCAAAAUGGGGGGAUUUACACAAAGUUUGGUCAGCAGCUAGCCACUUUCAACCACGGACUCCCCAAGGAGUACACAGAGACGUUGGCUCAACUGCAGGACCAGGCCAAGCCUAUGUCAUUCGACAAGGUCAAACAGACCCUCGAGGCGGAGAUGGGGCGACCCUGGUACGAGAUUUUUAAGGAAUUCGACCAGACUCCAAUUGCUUCGGCGUCGCUAGCUCAAGUGCAUCACGCUGUGGACCAUCAAGGACGUGAGCUGGCUGUGAAAGUCCAGUAUCCACAUCUAGAGUCCCAGAUGAAAGCAGACAUCCAGGUCAUCAAGUGGGCCUUUCAACUCACCGAGUAUUUCUUUCCUGAUGUCCAGAUCCAAUGGCUGUUUCCAGAGUUCAAGCGUGCUCUGCUGUCCGAGCUGGACUUCGAAAACGAAAAGAGCAAUAGUCGACGCAUCGCUGGGUGCUUCAAGCACAACAGAAAUGUCCACGUGCCUGUCGUGUACGAUGACCUGAGUACAAAGCGAAUCAUGUCGAUGGAGUUCAUCUCCGCACCCAAGAUCUCGCAGGUCGAAGCUAUCCGAGAACUUGGUCUCGAUCCGCCUCAAGUCGCUCGAGUGCUGUGUAAAGUGUUUAGCGAAAUGGUUUUCUGCCACGGAUUCGUUCAUUGCGACCCACACGCUGGCAACAUCUUCGUACGUCGGAAUCCGGACCCUCAAGCCAAAUGCAAAGAACAGCUCGUUCUUCUAGACCAUGGGCUGUACCGCGAGCUGGACGGCGAAUUCCGCGAAACAUACUGCGAUUUAUGGCGUGCGAUGUUGAUGCGGGACAGCAAUCUACUAGACGAUUGCGGUAGGAGACUAAAUGUUGGAGAAUUGGCCAAGUACUUGCCGUUGCUGUUUACGUACCGGACGAUCAACCACAAGGGACGUCUGGACGCGUCAAUGAGCGAGUCGGAACGCCAGAAACUUUCCGAGGAUCUCAAGAACAUGCGCUUCUCCAACGUCACCGACUUUCUGGAGCAACUUCCGAGGGAUAUGCUCUUUGUCUUUCGGACGAAUAACAUGAUUCGGGCUCUGAAUAAAGAUCUGGGAGGAACCACCAGGGAGAGAUUUUUGAUCAUGGGGAAUUUUGCGGUUAGCGGCCAUUCAGCAUUCUCCUCGGAAGGGACACGUACCGGGGUGGUAGCAUGGCUGGGCUACUGGUGGGAGCAUUUCAAUCUUGUUUUCCGCCUUCGUGUGGUUGAUUACGUGAUGGCCACUAUCCAGUAUGGAAGAGGGGCAAACUUUAAGCGCGUUGGUUAG